UUCAAACUCGCGCAAAAACUCGACUAGUACAGUGAAUCCCCUUGCAAAACCUACCAAAUGACGGAGCAGCCGGAACUGGUAAUAGCUUCGUCGCCGACCGACGCCGGUAUUGGCUGUUGGGACCUCCAUACCGGCGCCGAGCACCUCCGUUAUCGCUCCUGCUCCUCCCCUUCCCACGGCCUUACCUGUAUCGGCGGCCGCUUUCUCGCCUCAUCUCAAUCUCAACCUCAUAAUACUAAAUCUUCUUCAUCAGGCUCUAUACUUUAUUGGUCCUGGAACAAGCCUCAAGUGGAAGUUAAAAGCUUCCCAGCGGAACCAAUAAAUCCACUUGUUUCCAACGGUGAGGGAACUUUUAUAGCCGGAGGAGGUGCAUCCGGUGACAUAUACUUGUGGCAGGUUGCGACUGGUAAACUACUUAAGAAGUGGCAGGCCCAUUAUAGGGGGGUUACUUGCUUGUUAUUCAAUGAUGAUCAAUCACUUCUGAUUUCUGGCUCAGAGGAUGGAUCUGUUCGAGUUUGGUCGCUUAUUAUGGUAUUUGAUGACUUGUUGAGGGGAAAAGCAAGACAACCUUAUGAGUAUAGUUUCUCUGAGCAUUCUUUGAAGGUGACUGAUGUUGUCAUUGGAUACGGCGGAGCUAAUGCUAUUGUUGUUUCUGCUUCAGAAGAUAGAACUUGCAAGGUUUGGAGUCUUUCGAGGGGAAAAUUGUUGAGAAACAUUGUGUUUCCAACAAUAAUUGAUGCAAUUGCAUUGGAUCCUGGAGAAGAUGUCUUCUAUGCUGGUGGUAGAGAUGGGAAAAUAUACAUAGCAGCACUAAAUGCUUUUGCUAACCCCAACAAUAAUUAUGGAUUGCACAUUCUUGGGUUUCUGUCUGAGCAAAGUAAGGCUAUUACAUGCUUAGCAUUAAGUAUGGACGGGGGCUUGCUAAUUUCUGGAUCAGAGGAUGGCAUGGUUCGAGUGUGGAACACCAAAAACCAUAACAUCGCCCGAAUUUUUAGGCAUGCAAAAGGUCCAGUUAACAAUAUUGUUGUUGUUAGACAGCAAUCUCUUCUGAGUUCCAGAGGAUCCGUGAAUUCCCAAGUGUCCUCCGUAAAGAGGCAUGGGGUAUCAUUAGCUCCACCAUUGGAAAAGUAUGCUAACUCAACAGAUGAAAAUGACUACAAGGCAGUAAUUGGCCCCCGUAACGACCCUGAUAGAGCUGUUGAAGCUUCAUAUAUCAGUAUCCAGACACUAAACAAUCAAAUCUUAGAGCUUCAGGUCAUUGGUUUUGAGUAUUUUUAACCCAAAACUUGGAAGUUCAACUGGCAAUUACGAAGCCCCCCGAACAUGGUAUCUUGGCAUGAAUCAGCAAAAUGGCUAUCCAAACACCUUAAACCAACUCUUGAUAUCAUGCAACUCCUUUGUGUGCAAUUCUUGGACGCGUUAGAUUUGGAACAAGUCAAUGAUCCACUAGACUUCUUGCAUUCGUCCACAAUUAGCUCCGUAUCUUGUUUCAUAUCACCUGUUUUGUGGCUCUGCAGACAUAAUUUUGCGGAACUCUUCAUGUGCUGCACUGCUUUCAAUGACUACUUUUUAUGGCACAUUCGCAAAAGAAUGUUUUGGAGGAAAAUGUCUGUAGUCAACAAUUUUUCUACAAUUGAUGUCAUGAUGUGUGUAUCAUCUAAAAUUUUUAUUUUCCACAUUUUUUACUUUAGUCAUUAUACUUACAAAAGAUUGAUCUUGCCCUCAACUGCAAUAUUGCACUUGAAGGGCAUUCCUACUGUUUAAGUGGUAAAGGGCAAUCUGAUUGAAGAUAGACUGCAGGCAGAUUUGCUGAGUGUACUGAUUAUAUCACACAUAAUUAUUGUCUUCAAGAAGCCUUUAGCUGUCUCUAGAUGCUACUUUCAGUCACAUUACAGCUAGAAGAGAUGUGUGUUCUUCUUCGUUGGCUGGAGAAUGUAAAUGACUUGUUAAGGUUCAAAAUAUAUAUUUACAAGACAUCUCAGAGGUGUAUUUUGUCUAUCGUGGCUAUAUGCAUCACUUUGACUUUUUAUGGGACUACAACUGUUUCUACGGUUAAUCCCAUUGCUGUAAAUAUGUCAUACUAUUGAGAAUUGCAAUUAAUAGUGAGUUUUUCCUGCAUAUAGAGACAAGGGUCUUCUUCUGCUUCUGAAAUGGAGAUCGAAAGGCUAAAACUUGACCGCAGCAGAUCCAUUCAAA